AUGUCAUUACCAUCUAAUAAUGGGGUCAAUGAUGGCAUCCAAAUGGAUGACAACCGUAGCACUAUCACAGCAGAAUUUUACCCGUCUAAGCGACAUAAGACUUCCCAUCACGACGUCCUGCCAGCUUUACAAUACGAUCGCUAUACCAUCGGCUGGGUGUGCGCACUUCAUAUAGAGAUGGCAGCAGCCCGGGCUAUGCUAGACAACUCUCACGAAGCCUUGCCUACGCAUACAGACGAUAGAAACACCUAUAUACUAGGAAACAUCAACCAACAUAACAUCGUUAUUGCGUGUUUGCCAACAGAGCAAUAUGGAACGAACAAUGCAGCUAUUGUCAUGACGAACAUGAAGCGGACUUUUCCAGCGAUUCGCGCAUGUUUAAUGGUCGGAGUUGGCGGUGGUGUGCCAAGCAAGGCUGAUGUGCGUUUAGGUGAUAUUGUCGUCGGCACAAGAGUGAUGCAGUAUGAUCUUGGAAAGGUUCUCGGAAGCGGACUGCUUCAGCCAACAGCGACGUUUAGAAUUUCUAAUCAUUUACUUGGUACGGUUGUUUCUGCUGUCCGUUCCAAGCACGAACUAGGCCCUAGCAGAGUCCUAUCUAUUUUACAACAAAAGUUAGGACAACUCCCGUACGGUCGCCCAGAUUUACCAGAUCGUCUAUUCGAUGCGAAUUACAAGCACGCAACUUUAAGUGGUAGCUGUGAUGAAUGCGACCAUUCUAAGCUAGUACCACGAAGCGAACGAAUGUCGGACGAAGUAAAGAUCCAUUAUGGCGCAAUUGCCUCAGGGAAUCAAGUUAUGAGAGACGGCAUAGCCCGAGACGACAUUGCUCGCAAGCUAGAUGUCAUAUGUUUUGAGAUGGAAAGUGCUGGUCUCAUGGACAUCCUCCCAUGUCUCCCAAUCCGGGGAAUCUGUGACUACUCAGACUCUCACAAGAGUAAAGAAUGGCAAAGAUUUGCCGCUGCAACUGCAGCUGCAUAUGCAAGGGAGUUACUUGAGGAGUUACCUAUGACCAAAUCGCAUACUAGUAUUGUCUCUAUGGUGAACCCUGAUCAAUCUCUACCACAUAAACGUCGGCAAAACUUAUUAAAUUCCUUGGAAUUCGACCAAAUGAAUGCCCGAAAAGCGACCAUCAAGCGAGAACAGAAGAAGACGUGUCGCUGGUUUCUCAGCCAUCCCUGUUAUAAAGAGUGGCUUAGUUCUGCAAGAUUGGCGCAACAUCAUGGCUUCUUAUGGAUUAGUGGCAAACCUGGUGCUGGCAAGUCAACAAUCAUGAAGUUUAUAUAUUCUCACAUGAAAAGCAAGGCCCGUGAUAAUCACGCUAUCACUGCUUCUUUUUUCUUCAAUGCUCGAGGCGAAUACUUAGAGAAAUCAAUCUUAGGGAUGUAUCGCUCAUUACUAUUUCAACUAUUUCAAGGGUAUCCCGACCUUCAGGUUGUUCUGGAUGAUCCCGACCUGAUUCCCCUAAACCACAAUGGUUCUUUAUCCUUGGAUGUUCUUAAGGAACUUUUUGCCAAUGGGGUUUGCGCCCUAGGUCAACGAGCCUUCACUUGCUUCGUCGAUGCUCUAGACGAAUGUGAUGAGCAGCAAGUGGUGGACAUGGUCCAAUAUUUUGAAGAAUUAGCCGAAAAAUCCACUGCUGGAGGCGCCCUAUUCCGAAUCUGCUUUUCGAGCCGACACUAUCCCUAUAUCGAAAUUCAACGAGGUAUCCGACUUACACUUGAGGAUCAGUCAGGUCACGCAGAAGACUUGGUAACCUACAUCACGAACCGUCUCAUUAUUCAAGAGCGUACGCUUCUCGACGAGAUACAACCACAACUUCUAAGCAAAGCUGCUGGAGUUUUCAUGUGGGUCGUCCUAGUUAUAGAUAUUCUCAACAAGGAGUACCGACGGGGCGGAAUGGCUCUGAGAAUGAGACUCUCAGAAAUACCUAGUGAUCUAAAUGAGCUUUUUAAAGAUAUACUACGGCGUGACAACGAGGAUAUGGAGGCUUUCCAACUUUGCAUCCUCUGGAUUUUGUACGCAAAAAGUCCUCUGCGGCCGCAGGAGCUCUAUCAUGCUCUCUGGUCUGGGUUGUCUUUAAACCAUCUGGUUGAUAGCCAGAUUCCAGAUUUGACCGCCCUAGAAACUGGGGCUGGGGUUAGGACUAAUCCGGCUGAGAGAUAUAUCAUUAGCUCCUCAAAAGGACUUGCUGAGACCACUAAAUCUGGUCAGCCCACAGUUCAAUUCAUCCAUGAAUCUGUUCGAGACUUCCUCAUCAAAGAUAGGGGUCUAUAUGAAUUAUGGCCCGAGCUUGGGUUGAACUGCGAGAGCCUAGGUCAUGACAAACUGAAACAGUGCUGCGACCUCUACACCAAUCAUACGUUGAUCUUUGCGUCUGUGAACAGGCUGCCACCAGAGCCUACCUCUAACGACCGAAAAGAAAUCUUGACCAAGUAUCCGUUCUUAGAGUAUGCCAGUCAGAAUAUCCUCUACCAUGCCAACACCGCAGCUAAAGCGGUUCCCCAAGAGGAAUUUUUGUCAAGUUUUCCUAUCUCCAGAUGGAUCGACACAAGCAACAUCUUCGAAAAAUUCACAAUUCGAAAAUAUACGCCAAAAGCCAGUCUAUUUUAUAUACUGGCAGAUAAAGGGUGUCCAGCGCUUAUCCAAGAAAAGCUCAAAAAAGAUCCGCAAAUUCAUAUUUUUGGGGAAAGGUAUGGGUACCCAUUAUUUGCUGGACUGGCUAAUGGUAAUAAAGACGCUGUUGCUGCUCUUUUGAACUUACCAUCAAGGAUCCAUAACGGUGUCGACAUAACAGAGGGUUUUAACCAAAGAAAAGACUUGAAAGGAUAUGAAGAUCGAACACCAUUAUCUUGGGCUGCACAAGAUGGUCAAUCAAGUAUAGUCGAGCUACUACUAGAGAGGGGAGCGAUCUGUGAUGAGUUAGAUAGAGGGUGGCGAACGCCGUUGUCACUUGCCUCAUCGAAUGGCCACGAGACGGUCGCUAGGCUUUUGAUCGACAAGGGAGCCGACGUCAACACUAGCAACAAAUUUGGACAGACGCCGCUCUAUAGGGCCUUGAGGAAUGGCCACGAAACGGUUGCUAGGCUUCUUAUCGAUAAGGGAGCCGACGUCAACACUAUCAAUGACGAUGGAGAGACGCCGCUCUACUGGGCCUUAAUGAGUGGCCACGAAGCAGUUGCUAGGCUUUUGAUCGACAAGGGAGCCGACGUCAACACUUGCAAUAAAUAUGGAAAGACACCGCUCUAUAUGGCUUCAUCGAAUGGCCACGAAGCAGUUGCGAGGCUUUUGAUCGACAAGGGAGCCGACGUCAACGCUAGCAAUAAAGGUGGAGAGACACCGCUCUAUAUGGCUUCAUCGAAUGGCCACGAGACGGUUGCUAGGCUUCUCAUCGACAAGGGAGCCGACGUCAACACUAGCAACAAAUUUGGACAGACGCCGCUCUAUAGGGCCUUGAGGAAUGGCCACGAAACGGUUGCUAGGCUUCUUAUCGAUAAGGGAGCUGACGUCAACACUAGCAAUAAAGAUGGAAAGACACCGCUCUAUAUGGCUUCAUCGAAUGGCCACGAAGCAGUUGCGAGGCUUUUGAUCGACAAGGGAGCCGACGUCAACACUAGCGACAAAGAUGGAGAGACGCCGCUCUAUAGGGCCUUAAUGAAUGGCCACGAGACGGUCGCUAGGCUUUUGAUCGACAAGGGAGCCGACGUCAACACUAGCAAUAAAGAUGGAGAGACGCUGCUCUAUAGGGCCUUGAUGAAUGGCCACGAAACGUUUGCUAGGCUUCUUAUCGAUAAGGGAGCUGACGUCAACACUAGCAAUAAAGAUGGAAAGACACCGCUCUACUGGGCUUCAUUAAAUGGCCACGAAGCAGUUGCGAUGCUUUUGAUCGACAAGGGAGCCGACGUCAACACUAUCAAUGAAGAUGGAGCGACGCCGCUCUAUAGGGCCUUAAUGAAUGGCCACGAAGCAGUUGCGAUGCUUUUGAUCGACAAGGGAGCCGACGUCAACACUAGCAAUAAAGAUGGAGAGACGCCGCUCUAUAGGGCCUUAAUGAAUGGCCACGAAGCAGUUGCGAUGCUUUUGAUCGACAAGGGAGCCGACGUCAACACUAGCAACAAAUUUGGAGAGACGCCGCUCUAUAGGGCCUUAAUGAAUGGCCACGAAGCAGUUGCGAGGCUUUUGAUCGACAAGGGAGCCGACGUCAACACUAGCGACAAAGAUGGAGAGACGCCGCUCUAUAGGGCCUUAAUGAAUGGCCACGAGACGGUCGCUAGGCUUUUGAUCGACAAGGGAGCCGACGUCAACACUAGCAAUAAAGAUGGAGAGACGCUGCUCUAUAGGGCCUUGAUGAAUGGCCACGAAACGUUUGCUAGGCUUCUUAUCGAUAAGGGAGCUGACGUCAACACUAGCAAUAAAGAUGGAAAGACACCGCUCUACUGGGCUUCAUUAAAUGGCCACGAAGCAGUUGCGAUGCUUUUGAUCGACAAGGGAGCCGACGUCAACACUAUCAAUGAAGAUGGAGCGACGCCGCUCUAUAGGGCCUUAAUGAAUGGCCACGAAGCAGUUGCGAUGCUUUUGAUCGACAAGGGAGCCGACGUCAACACUAGCAAUAAAGAUGGAGAGACGCCGCUCUAUAGGGCCUUAAUGAAUGGCCACGAAGCAGUUGCGAUGCUUUUGAUCGACAAGGGAGCCGACGUCAACACUAGCAACAAAUUUGGAGAGACGCCGCUCUAUAGGGCCUUAAUGAAUGGCCACGAAGCAGUUGCGAUGCUUUUGAUCGACAAGGGAGCCGACGUCAACACUAGCAACAAAUUUGGACAGACGCCGCUCUAUAUGGCUUCAGGGAAUGGCCAGGAAGCAGUUGCUAGGCUUCUCAUCGACAAGGGAGCCGACGUCAACACUAGCAACAAAUUUGGAGAGACGCCGCUCUACUGGGCUUCAUUAAAUGGCCACGAGACGGUCGCUAGGCUUUUGAUCGACAAGGGAGCCGACGUCAACACUAGCGACAAAGAUGGAGAGACACCGCUCUACUGGGCUUCAUUAAAUGGCCACGAAGCAGUUGCGAGGCUUUUGAUCGACAAGGGAGCCGACGUCAACACUAGCAACAAAUUUGGAGAGACGCCGCUCUACUGGGCUUCAUUAAAUGGCCACGAGACGGUCGCUAGGCUUUUGAUCGACAAGGGAGCCGACGUCAACACUAGCGACAAAGAUGGAGAGACGCCGCUCUAUAUGGCUUCAGGGAAUGGCCAGGAAGCAGUUGCUAGGCUUCUCAUCGACAAGGGAGCCGACGUCAACACUAGCAACAAAUUUGGACAGACGCCGCUCUAUAUGGCUUCAUUAAAUGGCCACGAAGCAAUUGCGAGGCUUUUGAUCGAUAACGGUGCGUUAGUAUAA